AUGGCCAGCAUUCAGAACCAGCACUGGCAAAGCCUCAAUAGUGCUGGCAGAGAUUCUAGCCACCAUCCCUUCGUUGAUGCCAGCGAGCAGUCUGAUUGUGUCGACCUCAUCGACCUCACCGCAGACGAUGAGCUUGACCAUGAUCAUAUCCAGCAAGCUGUGGGCUUCGCGGACGAUAAACUUGACCCUGGUCGUCCCCAGCAAGCCCUACGCGUUAAUAAGUCUCUGCGUAAUUACGCGUUGGAUGCAGAUCACCGAUCUGUAAAGCAAGUGACAGGCGACGGUAAUCAGUACGAGGUUGGCCAGUUUGUUGAGCUUCGUGAGCUUGAGGGCCUACACAGCGCUGGAUUCAUCGAGAUCAAGUCCAUCCACGUCCACAAGCAGACUGGAGAUGUCGUCAUCCGAGGCCUUCCCUACGCCCGAACCCGUCACCUCGGCGGCCGCCUUCAUCGAAUGCAGAACGAAAUCUGCCUUGUUCUUGAGAUCGACGCCGACGACUCCCGCCCCGAUGAGGAGCAGGCACUACGCGAGAUCGGACCCGAGGACAUCCUGAAGAAGAGGAUCCUGACGAACACGAACAAGUCAUUCCCCGACUGCCGUUUUGACAGGAUCGCAUACGCUACAGCACAGCAGGUAGUGGAGCAAGCGCCUCUCUGUUGCCGAUGGAAGAUGCGCGCCGAGUACAAGGAUGCCUCUCAGCGACGUGUGGGUCGCUUUCAAGGUCUGGCCUUGGAGCACUUCUCUGAGCGUGAUAGCCACAAAAUCAAGAAGCGAAACCUCGGCGUCGACGAGCAGCGUGCUCGUGACUGGCGUGGCGAGACGAUUCGCGGCGGAUCAACAUUUUGCGAGGCAGGCUUCAUCAAAGACGAGACUCGGGACAGCAAUACCGCGGGGAUCCAGAGAUACGCCUUUGCUGAGGUGUCUGCCGGCGCUGGCGGCGCAUCUCGUGGGGCCGAGAUGGCCGGUUUCAAGGUUGUCCUGGCUACAGACUCCUGCCCUCAUGCGUGCGAGAGCUAUCGAGCCAACUUCCCGAACACUAAGCUCUACGAAAUGAAAAUCACAGAGUUCGCCGCACAAAAGGUUCAGCAAGAUGUUGACGUUCUUCACAUCUCGUCCUCAGCUCUGAAUGAGGCGAGCGGUGACCCAGAGUCUGCGAAGAAGAUCUGCACGGAUCUGCUCAAGUCGCACCCGCGACUCACCAUCAUGGAGCAACCUGCCGCCAUACUCAGCAAACGAAGAGCUCCUUUUCUCAACGCAAUCAUCCAGAGCUUCACUGAAGCUGGCUACUCCGUACAGGGCAAGCUCGUCCACAUGGUUGAGUACGGCCUUCCACAAAUGCGCAAGCGGUUCAUCAUGAUCGGCGCAGGCCCAGGCGAGACACCGAUCUCAUGGCCUACCGCUACCCAUAGCUCCAACCCUACUGGAGACCAGCGGACCUUUAUGACAGAGGAGGACGCCAUCAGCAGGCUCACCCUUGAGCUCCACUCCCUGCACCAUCCAGAAAGCCUCCGUUUCCGGACUAUGGACUGGAAGGUACGUGACGCAGACAAGCCGAUGGAUACCCCAAUUAGCAGCAACGGCUCGGUGUAUUAUCAUCCAGACGGCGAGCGGGAUUUCACCCUCAGAGAGCUUGCAUGCAUUCAAGGAUUUCCGACAUACCAUCAAUUUGAGGGUUCCUACAUCAAGAAGCAGAUCGGAAAUGCGUUUCCUCCAUCGGUCGCUAUGGCUUUCUACCAGUGUCUUCGACAGCACCUGGAGGAGGCUGAUGCCAUCCAUACUGAUGAGCCGGCCGGAGACCCCGUCACAUCAUUGCCAGAGGUCAACGAGGGCAUCACAGCGGUGAGCAUGUUGUAUGACGAGAAACCAAAUGGCUCGCUCGAUGAAGUCACGCCGGGUGUCCCUAUCGAUGUUCGCAGCGUUGAACAGCCCGUCAUGCAUUCAAGCCGACAACGGACUCGAGCAGCUGUCGUGCCGCCCUCGCCUCGCCGGAAAAUGUCUCCAGAGGCCCAGCCAAGUUCGAGAACGAGCUCCCCGACGCCACACACUCCGUUGCCAGCCCAGCAACUUCCAACACCCUCCACCGGCGGACGCUACGUCGAUGACCAGCGUGCAGCACCUCUCGGGCUGAAGCGAGAUCGGGACUCGUUCGAGGAACCAGACAGUGAUGGUGAUGAGGACGACAUUGGCACGCUAGCGCUGGAGACACCAAGCAAGCGUCCGCGGAUCUCUAUUCCCGGUGAUGGAGCUGACGAUUGGAGCUCUGCUCGGUCUCGCACCGUUCCGGCAUCACCGGAUCCCGUGGCUGGCAUGGUCGAGAAUGCUCCAAUUCCUGAGGAUUCUAAAAUUUCUGAGGAUGCUGAUUAUCGGGGAGUGAGCGGUCCAGACGAUGAGAUGCUUGCAAAUCUGGCACGGGGAAUCUAG